CUUGCUUCGAAAUACAAUAGCUGUAUACGCUCCACAGAUAAGUAUAUAUAGAGAGACGCGGCGGGUGGAGCAGUGUUAUCGCGCGGCGUGGUAGGGAUCGGGUGGAAAGAAGCCGAUGGAUGGAGGGGCUACCAUGUUUCUGGGGAGUGCGACAACGAGAGGAUGGAUGAGAAGGACACAACGUUGUUAGUUAUGUUGAUGGUUCAACAAAUAUGAUUCCAGGAAAUCGAGAUAGAUGGACGGGUAGACGGUAGAUAGAUGGGCAGAUAUGACAGAGACGAACGACAUUUGACGGGGCCGGAAGAGAUGCGGCUCUCGACAAGCGACGGAGAUGCACGUGGAUACAGAAUGCGGGGUUUUCCUAGCGCCACGUGACGACGGCCAGUCAGUCAGUCAGUCAGUUAUCCGAACCUCCUCCUCCGCAUUCCUACACACAGUCCGUCGUCUCCACCAAGAGUGGGGCGCCAGAUCCACUCCGUGAUAAGCUCCCAUCCGAACCCCCAUUGUUAUACCCUCAUUCCCCCCAACCUUCAAUGUCCACCUCUGUCGUCACACACAAUCACAGACACACCAGCUCGACCACUCUAGUCCCCUCCCGGUACCAAGCUACUGUUUUCUCCCAAUGGCCAAUGCAACACUCACCGCUUCCAGAAAUGGGGAACCAUCGUGUUCCGCUCCCACCACCAGAGGCCGGAAGCGCAAACAGGGUUUCGUCACGAGAGCUUCUGGCGAAAAGAAGUUUGCUUGCCAGAACGAGGGGUGCGAGAGGAGCUUUACUCGGGCAGAGCAUUUGCAACGCCAUUUGCUCAAUCAUUCCAAUGGAGACUUUACUUGCUCGAGGUGUAGGGCGCAUUUCAAGCGCAGGGAUCUGCUGGACAGGCACAUGGCACGUCACCGACAAAAGGACGAAGAAGCCGGCCGUGAAGGGACCGGCAUCCUGAACACCAGGAAACGCAUGUGGAAGGAUGCCGAAGGCAAUAUCGUGACCAAGAAGCCUACUUUGGACAGGAGCAAUCAACCAUCAUCACCUCCCCCUUAUCAUCACCACCUAUCUCCAGGUCACAUACCUCUCAUUGAUGAUCAUCUCCACUCCAUCGCCGACUUCCAUCUGCUCCAACAGCACAACGAUAACGGUGCUCCCAUAUCCCCACCUCAUUCAUUGGAUCCUUCCCUUGAACACUCAACCUUUGAAGAUCACGACUCAGGCAUCGCAACAUACCCGCCAACUUCUCUCGAUCCACAAGCAUUGUCGGUUUCAAGCUCUUAUUCUCCUAUUGAUCAGCAAUUCUGGCCCGCGACUCUGCCUCAGCCUGAGCCGGAGCCUUUCAUUGCACCUACUUUCAACGAUGCACCAUUCGACGACAUCUUUAACCCGGAUACUGCUGCGUCAUUCAACAACCCCUUUACGACCAUGAGCAAUUACAAUUGGCUGUUCGACAUGGAUCUUUCCAGGCAGCAGCAGCAGCAGCAGCAGCAGCAGCAACAACAUCAGCCACAACCACAUCCUCAAAUGCAGCCCAUGAUGCCCGACCCUUUUGCCUCUUUCCAGUUCAACCAAAAUAUCCAUCAGCCCAGCCAUGCUUUUGAUCUCCAGCUCGAUCAUAUGGCAGCUGAUAAGCCCCUGUCAACGGAUGCACACUACGGCUCUCUUGCUUCGCAUAAGACGGACUCGCCUCAGGAAGUACCGCCGCCAGAUGCAGCUACUGCCUUGAUAACUCCACCACUCACCGACGGAAACCAUCACCCUAGUCGUCACGACUCGAUGAGUGACCCACACCAGCUUCAAACCCGCGAAUCCAUUCACCCAGAGGUCGACCCCGACCUACUCCAGCCGCACCAGCAACCUACGACUUUUCAAAUCCCAUCAGAUCUCGAACGGCCCAUGUCUCUUCUACAACCGUCACGCUGUCUUCCAAUUAUAGAUGAAUUAGCCCGUGCUCAAUUUCUAGAUCUCGUCGAUAUCACCCAGCCCGUUGCUCCCGACGGUAGCGUCGUCACCCGUGAAAACCCUCUCUUAUCUUUGUCUUGUCUGCAAACAUACUGCGACCUUUUCUUCACCCGCUUCAACACUGUAUACCCACUGAUUCACAUGUCGACGUUCGAUCCCUCGCACGUUGACACUUUGCUCCUGACCUCUGUGCUCUUGCUCGGCGCAACGUACGGGGAGAAGGAUGCGCACCAAGUAGCUGUCUGCAUUCACGAUGUCGUCCGGCCACAGAUUUUUGCAAACGCGGGGUUCUCAGCGAAACCUGGGCUCUGGGUCUUGCAAACGAUCCUACUCGUCGAGUGCUUUGGCAAGAGUCGCGCAGGGCAGAAGCAGCACGACAUGUCGCAUCUAUUCCAUGGGCUACUCAUCAAUCUGAUUCGACGGAGUGACUGCCAAACCAUUCGAUCACCGACUUUGGAAGACGCUACAGAUGACCUAGAAGACGACUGGCGGACCUGGGUCGAAGCCGAACAGAAGAAACGAUUGGCGUUUUUGUGCUUCAUGUGGGACACGCAACAUGCGGUCCUCUUCUGCCAAUCCCUCUGCAUGUCUGCCUUCGAGCUCCGCUCCAACCUCCCCUCCUCCCAAUCCCUCUGGGAAGCCGAUUCGGCAGAGUCCUGGCACAAGCUCCACAAACAACAACCACCUCCCCCUCUUUUCCUCUCGAUUCUAAAAAUCUACCUCAAUCCUUCCACAGUUGGUGGCGCAUCGCUAGUUCCGAAGAGCUUGAACGCACUGAGCCGAGCGCUCGUUCUACAUGGACUAAUGAGUAUAGCAUGGGACAUGCAGCGCCGCGACCAGACUUCACUAGGAGUGUUGGAUAGUUCCUCCAACGUCCUAGGCAACUGGCAACAACGUCUCGCAUCUUCCUACGAGGCAUGGUUCGCAGACUACAAGAGCUUCUGCUCCACAUAUCUCUCGCACUUCCCCUCUCCUCCCACCACCACCUCCUCAUCAUCAUCGCCAUCCACCCUCCCCCCUCAAAAGCAGAAACACCAAAAAGUGCAAAACCCCCUAGUAACAGAAUUCCACGCACACUCCGCGUCGCUGACAACCCUCUACCACGCCGCCCACAUCCUCCUGCACACCCCGUUCCUCGACCUCCAAAUCUACGCCGGCGCGCGCCACAUCCUAGGCCGCCCCGUCGCCCGCGCAGACUACGCGCGCAGCUCGCGCGUCGUGAAAACCUGGGUAUCCAAGCACCCACAGCAAGCCAGAAACGCGGUCAUCCACGCAGCGCGGUUAGUCGAAAGCGGGAUCGGGUUCCUCGAAGACGGGAGCAACGGCGAGGAUCGAGCGAAAGAGGCAGAUGUGCUUGCGGGGGGUCGGGUGUGGCAUUUGGGGUGGACGGUGUACCUGGGGAGUUUGGUUGUGUGGGGGGUUGGGUAUGCGCGGCCUGUUGCUCUUUCUUUUUCUUCUGGGCAUCAUCGGGGUGCGGAGGCCGAGGCGCCUCGGCCUCCGCACCGUCAGAAUGGCCCUGAAAAUGGGGGACGAGAGGUUGGGAAUAUUUAUGAUCAGCUUGAGGAUGAUGACGAUGAUGAUGAUGAAGACGAGAUUAUAUGGAAUCCUGAAGCGGAGAUGCGCAGACUUCUUUCGCGCAUCUUAUCUUCUUCCUCCUCCUCUUCUUCGUCUUCAACAACAUGUAUACCAAUAUCGAAGAAAGGAGCGAACGGUAUGGCUGCCGUUGUUUCCGCGCGUCUUGCAAAGGUGCGAUGGGCGGUUGUUAGGGAUGCCAUGAUGGUUUUGAGGGGGUUGGUGUGUUGGCGGUUAGUUGGGGAUGGAGGGAGUUCGGGUGGUGGCGGGGGUGUGAUAUGA